AUGUCUCGUGCUUCUAGCAGAUCAUCCACAGUUCGUGGCGAAGAGUCGUCGCAUUCUAAUAUUGAGCCUGGUGAAAAGCAGAAAGCACUAGGCGUUAAAGGGCCUGAGCUUGCUGCUGGUGGAGGAGACAUUGCGAAGACACAACGUCCAGAUGGUCGAGUCGAGUUGAUAGAAGAUGAUCUCGAGGAAAAGCUCGGUUAUGCUUAUCCUGAGUGGAAGAAAUGGCUUAUUUUGGUCAUCAUCCUAUGUAUCCAGACCUCAAUGAACUCGAACGCCAGUAUGUAUGGGUCAGCUAGCGAGGGAAUUGCCGAGAAAUAUGGGGUUUCUGAAACGAAAGCCCGCCUCGGUCAAUCUAUGUUCUUGAUCGCUUACGCUUUUGGCUGUGAGUUGUGGGCACCUUGGUCUGAAGAGUUGGGUAGAUGGCCGACACAACAAUUGUCGCUCUUCCUGGUGAAUAUUUGGCAAAUCAGUUCAGCCUUGUCCCCCACAUUUGGAGGAGUACUCACUUCGCGUAUCCUUGGUGGUCUCAGCACUGCUGGAGGCUCUGUCACUCUGGGUGUGAUCGCGGAUCUGUACCAUCCUGAAGACACAGGUUUUCAGUAUGCGGUUGCGUUUGUGGUGUUGUCGUCUGUUGGAGGCGCUCCCAUCGGCACAGUCAUUGGUGGAUUUGUUACGACAUACCAUGCUAAUCCAGCCUGGGUUUUUUGGGUCUUGCUUAUUAUGGGUGGAGUCGUUCAAAUUGUCCACUUCUUUCUUGUACCAGAAACACGAACAACCAUUAUUCUGGAUCGAGAAGCGAAGAAGCGUCGUAAGAAUGGCGACAAUGUUUGGGGACCAAAUGAGCUCAAGGAGAAACGCUUCAGCUCGAAGGAAAUCGGACUAAUCUGGUGGAGACCAUUCCAGAUGUUCUUCACUGAACCUAUCGUUCUUUGGCUAUCGCUCUUGAGUGGUUUCAGUGACAGUCUGAUCUUCACGUUUAUGGAGGCAUUCACGCCUAUAUUCGAGCAAUGGAAUUUCAACACCUGGCAAAUCGGCCUGUGUUUCCUCUCUUCGAUUAUCGGAUAUAUCAUCUCGUACUUUACCUACUUGCCUGUGAUAUGGCAUCACAACAAGACGAGGAAGGUUGACCCUGACAAGCUAUCUCCAGAAAGUCGGUUGUGGUGGCUGCUAUACCUUGCGCCAUGCCUUGUGAUCGGUCUGUUCGGCUUCGCUUUCACGUCCUUCGGGCCACCAGAGGUCCACUGGAUAGCACCCCUAAUCUUCACCUGCAUAAUCGCCAUCGCCAACUAUGCAGUUUACAAGUCGUCAAUCGACUACAUGAUCGCAGCAUACGGACCAUACGCCGCUUCUGCGACAGGUGGAAAUGACUUGGCUCGAGACUUCCUAGCAGGUGUAGCAGCCAUAUAUGCUCACUCAUUCUACGAAGUAUUUCCAAGUGAGAGGUGGCAUCUGAUAUAUCCAACAAUGAUUCUGGGAUGCUUGGCCGUGCCGAUAAUCAUUCCAAUCUAUGUAUUCUACUACAAAGGAAAGUCCUUGAGACUCAAGAGCAAGUUUGCCGUCGAGCUUGAGAAAGCUCGUCAAGCCAGGCUCGGUUCGAAGAGAAGAAAGUCGACUGUGGGUGAUAAGUCGGACGACGAGAAGCAACUUGAGACGGCCUAA